CAACCAGACGAUUUUAGCACUCUGCCACGGUUGACGACGAUAUUAGACAUGGCAGCGGUGGUCAAUAUCACGGCGCCUCUCGGUCAAAUCGUCCAAACGGCAUCUCCGGCCCAAAAGCUGCACGCAAGGCAAUUGGUGCGGCUAUUCAAAGACGUGCCUACCACGAAUCCCGUCAAAGCUUGUUUCACGACCCCCGAAAUUUUCAAAGCAAGAUGGCUGGUCGAAGAGAACAGUUCUUUGAGCCGGCCUGAAGAGUUCUUUGAGAAUGCCAACGAGGUGCGAUAUCCUGCCCAUUGGCUCACAGUACAGGGAGCCACCAAUGCCGUGGCCAAUUUCCGAGGAUUUGCAAAUCUAUUGCCGGGCUGGGGCCCUUUGGUCAUCACUCGAGGCAAUAAUCCCGUACAGAGUCAAUUCAACCUCAGGAUCGAGGUGCUAGGGCGCUCUGAACCUGAACAACCUUGGUCCCCGUCCCACCGACGAAUAAAGCACAUGGUUGGUACAAUCGCCGACACUGCGUUUGCCCUCUUGUCGUCUCCUAGAAGCCUCCAGAAGCUCCAGGAAAUGUUCACCAUCAUCAGGGACAACUGGAAUGAGAGGGGAAUUGACCAUUGCGUCUCCGGGGGGGCCAAUUCACAGAUAGUGGUGAACCAUUUUCUCACCACGCUCCAAGCUCGAUUUCCAACACUGAAACUUGUGGGCCAUAAGGAUCGGACGCUGAAUUCCGACCAGUUCCAUCGUGGGCUCGACAAGGUGACACGUUCCAGAACCUCGAUCCUGAAGCAUGUGGUGAUUUGA